AUGGCAGACGAAACCCCCAAAGCCGAUCCAACCAUGGAGACACCACAAAUUGCAGCUCCAGCCGAUGCUGCUACCAAUGGAUUCCCGACAGAAUCUCUACAGAGGGAUGUUGUGAUGUCUGAUGCGCCUGUUGACCAGCCUGCAUCUUCCCCUGCUCCAGCUGCUCAUGCGCCCAGUCCCGCUCCCGCACGAACAGGAACACCAGCUCAAGGAUCUAGAGCUGCCUCUGCGCAUCCAGAUCCUGGUCUUAACAUACCCGCUGAAGCUCCCCCACAUGGCGAUUCGACACGACGAUAUCUCAACACCAAAGUCACAGGAACGCUGUUAGAAGGCAUGAAGCAAUUGGCAAAAGACAAACCGAGCGACCCUCUCCGGGUACUAGGAGAAUAUCUCAUUCAAAAAUCUAAGGAGUUGGAAGGAACUGGCUAG